AUGCGUAGCGAACGAAGUUCCCCUUCCGGCUCUAAGGAAUCAACAUCUCAAGAUGUUGCCGAUGUAGCGGUGAUUGGAGCCGGCUGGUGGUCACAAGGAUGGCAUAUACCACAGUUGAGUCGGAACACUCGGGCCAAUCUCGUAGGAAUUGUCGAUUCUGCCUCUCAGCCCCGAUCGAAUCUCAAUCCUCAUCUCGAGUCGCUCGAAGCGCUGGCACGAAAGUACGACACUGCCGUAUUUUCCUCCGUGUCGGACCUUCUGGCGAACACACCCACUUUGGACGGUGUAAUUGUGGCAACGCCGCAUUCGACUCACUACAACAUUGGUAAAGAAAUCUACGACGCCAACAGGAACAGGGAAAAACCAAUCCAUAUUCUCAUGGAAAAGCCCAUGACAACCAACAUAGAGGAAGCCUACCAGCUGCACCAACUGGUGGCGUCCCGUCCGGAGGUUUCCUUCCUAAUCAACCAUUCGGCCAACUACCGUUCGCAAACAAAGGCAGCACAUCAAGCUGUCCCCCAACUAGGGAGUUUGCGGCAUGGCUCGAUCUUCAUGGCGUCUGCUCUGAGUUGGAUCUUUGAAGACCCUUCGAACACUGGUUGGAACGUUCCGGGGCCUGACAUGCUGGGGAACGGCUUUGCGUGGGGUCAAUCGUCGCACGUCUUGGCUUGGGUGUUCUACGUAUGCCCGCAACUUAGCCCUAUCGAGGUAUACUGCCGCAUGACGCAUUCUGCCGCCACUGGAGCUGAUGUUGCACUUUCUGGAACGAUCAUUUGCCGAGAUUGCCACUCCGACAAUGAAGUCAUCCUUUCCGUUGCCGGUACCAGUUUACUUCCGGGCAAUGAGCACUCGGACCCUCCGGUUGGCAAACAAAUUCAAUUCAAACUCUACGGCGAAGACGGUGCUAUUAUCUACUGCGGCGAUACACGGGAUGAGAACACCGGAAAUCUGGAACUGCGCCGCGUGUCGAUGGAUGGUGUCGUGGAGUUGCCUGUUGGUCCGGGAUUUGCCUUUGAGAAUUUAGAAACAGAACAUGAUGGGCCUGAGUCAUUGCAGGCUUUCUUGGAUGCUUGUGUAGGAAAAUCAACGCAUGUGGGGGCCGACAGUUUGGUUGGACUCAAAACGGUUCAAGUAUUGGAUGCCAUGUACCGCAGCCACGCUUCCGGUCAAUCCGAACCUGUACGGCAUGCGGAUGCGGAAUAA